GCGGAGCUGCGGACCCGCGUUCGGUGGACUCGCAAGUGGGACCCGCGCCUGCGAGGAACAAUGCCGCGCUCCUUCCUGGUGAAAACGCACUCCAGCCACAGGGUCCCCAACUACGGGGAGCUGGAGACCCAACGAGAAAUCAAUGGCUCCUGUUCUGCCUGUGGGGGGCUGGUGGUGCCCCUCCUCCUCCCAGACAGCGUGGCCCCUCCCAUGCCUGGUGACCCUGCCCAGCCCUGGGACCACAUCUCUGGCAUCACCUGCAUCUCCCUGCCCCUCCCGGAAGCUCAGAGGGCCUCUGAGCCAUUGGACCCCUUGGACGUCAGCUUGAUGGACCCUCAUGCUGCCCGGGCUCCCAGCAUACCCCUCAAAGACAGCCUGAACCACCUCAACCUGCCUCCACUGCUGGUUCUGCCCACACGGUGGCCUCCAAUACUGGGCACAGAUGGGGACCGGGCUCCGGACAGACUCCUGAGGGCUGAGCAGGCCCCCUACUCCCCAGGUGGCUUCCAGUGUCCCCACUGCCACAAGCCCUACCACACACUGUCUGGGCUGGCCAGGCACCAGCAGCUGCACUGCCACCUGCAGGCUCAGCGCUGCUUCACCUGCAAGUACUGCGACAAGGAAUAUUCCAGCCUAGGAGCCCUCAAGAUGCACAUCCGCACGCACACGCUGCCCUGCAUUUGCACCAUCUGUGGCAAGGCAUUCUCUAGGCCCUGGCUGCUCCAGGGCCACAUUCGGACCCACACAGGGGAGAAGCCCUAUGCCUGCUCUCACUGCAGCAGGGCCUUCGCCGACCGCUCAAACCUCCGAGCCCACCUGCAGACACACUCUGACACCAAGAGAUACCAGUGUAAGAGCUGCGCCAAGACCUUCUCCCGCAUGUCACUCUUGUCAAGGCAUGAGGAAUCUGGCUGCUGCCCCUGUCCCUGAGAGCUUCUGUUUCUUUCAGAGUUAAAGACUGAUGGGGGACUGUUGCCAGCGUGGACAACCCCGCCAUUAAGAUGAUGGACAGGGCUGCCUAUGGAGCUCUUCGCAACUGCACGUGAACAGCCUGACUUGUGCCGGGCGCAUUGCGCAGUCUAGCCCGCAUGGGCGUAGCUACCUCAAGGCUCACCUCCCCCUGCCUUUGGUUUGGAAUCUGGGCCAUGCUGCCUCAUGUCACACGUGUGCACCCACGCCCUCCUGAUCUCUGAGAUGGAGCAGCACCGAGAAGACCAGCAGCUAGGUCCCCAUCCACAAUUGUGGGGCAAUAAAGAGUCUAUACACUCAGGCCUGUUGUGUCCUCUGAGGGUCUACGUUUUCCCGGUCCCUUGCAUCUACAAAGGAGGCCCAGCUCUCAGGAAUUCUCCAGAGGCAGCAGGAUUCCUGGCCACAGAGGAGGAGGAGGAGGAGACUAGGAGUCAGGGCAUCAAACUGUGAGGCUGCUGUGGGUUGGGGAGCAAGGCUGCAGGAGGCAGGGUCUAGGUGAGCACAGGUGCCUUCUUCUGGAAGACAGACAGGUGCUGGGAACAGGAUCAAACAGCAUGGAAGGGUAACUAAAGGGCAGGAACCUGGGGAUGAGCAAGGGCUUACAAGAGAGGUGUGUAGAAACUAUAGCUGGGAGAAAGCGCCAGGUGGGCUGUGAGCACUGUGUGGCUGGAUGCUCAUUUCCCCCAAGGUCUACGUUAGAAGAGAGAACCAGUGCUGUGUCCGCACAUCUGUCCACUGUCACCAAAGGAUGUGUCUUCAUUGCACCAUCUCUCAUCAAAGGGCCACAUCCCCAUGUUUGCCCACAGUACUGUUGCCUUUUUCCAGCGUGCGUCUCUUGAGGCCACAGGCAUCUGUGAACUGAGUGAGUGGCCCAGAACUUUGACCCCACCCAAGACACACAUGCCUCGCCAAACCAACUCAGAUGCCAACACAUAAGCACCUGCCCCCCCUACCGCCCUAGUAGUGUCCUGUGCCCACUGCACCAGCGUGGUGGCAUCAUGACCUUCUCACAGGGGGGCCUCCUUUCACCCCCAGGCUCCUGGGUGGUCACCUGUUGGACUGGUCCCGCCUCUUGCCAGCGUGUCUCAACAGUCUUCAGCAGGACCCUUCAGGAAGGGUGGCAUCCAGGACCGAAGAAGGAGGCCUGGGUCUUAACAAAGACUGACUGAGUCCUUGACAUUGGGAGGGGACACCUGCUCCUCUGCAGGAAGGGUGGCCUGUGCUGUUAGCGGCUCCACUUCUGUCCCCAGCCAAGGGAGAGUUAGGCUCCUUGGUUCUGGCCUUGGAAUGGAGCCACACAGCAAGCUGCAGAGGUCUCCCUCUCGGCCCUGAGCCACCAGACGCUGAGCCACCUUUGCAUGUGAGAACAUUUGGGAACAUUUACCAGGACCACACUGGGUGCUAAGUAUCCUACUCUGCAGCCACCUCUGCUGCAGUUCCAGCCUUGGUGGCCCCCACUGUAGACUCUACCUGAUGCUCCUCAGAGGAUGAAGGGACCUGGGUGGCUGGUGUAAUGAUGGCCAUUGGAGGGGCCUGCGGGCAUCCCAGAGGAAACUGACCUUGGUCUUGGGCUUCUUUGGACCAAGGUGACCUUGAUGAAGCAGACCACCCAGGAGAGGCCCCUGCCUGACAUACACCAGACCAUCGCAGUGGCUGGGAUGCAGAUGCUUCUGAGACUGGGAAUUUAGCUAAUAUAUCAGUUUGCUGUGGUUACAAAGUCUCACAUGCUGAGCAGCUUAAAUAGCAGAAAUGUACUCUUUCAUAGUCCUGCAUGCUGGAAGUCCAAGACCAAAAAGCUGGUGGGGCUGGUUCCUCCUGACGCUGUGCGGAGAACCUGUCCAGGCCUCUCUCCCAGUCCUGCUGGUCUGUGGGCAGCCUUUGAUGUUCCUGGGCUUAUAGAAGCAUCACCCCAUCUGUGCCUCCAUCCACACAGGGCGUCCCCCCUGUGUGCACGUCUGCCCGUGUCCAGAUUUCCCCUUUUUGUAAGGAUACCAGACAUCUUGGGUUAGGACACACCCUAUAACGAUUUCAUCUUCACUACAUCUGCAACUUCCCGAUUUCCAAAUAAGGUCACAUUCUGAGGCACUUAGGGGUUAAGACAUCAACAUGUAGGUUGAAGGGACAUCAUUCACCACCCCCAACAGCUGAUGAGAACACACGAUUUGCCAAGAGAUGCUGGGUGGCUCCUGCGCUUGGGCCUAAAGCAAGGAGAGCCACAUCCUAUUCUCCCCCAGCCCACAGAGCACCAGGGGUCAGUGGGUUCUCACUGACAGAGUUACUAGAAACACCCCCUCUGACGGUCUGAGUCCUCCUGCUCAGUACCUGGCCCCCCGCUAGUGUCUGGUGUCUGGGCCCCUCCUCUCCACCGCGCCAGAGGGCCCUGCGGGGCUGAGGACAGGGCCAUGCCCUGAAAGGAUGAUCCGGCUUCCAAGCCGUCUCUCGAGAUGCCUGGCUCCUCUGCUGAGGGGGUCAAGCUGCCUGCGGGUGGGUGCCCCUCCCCAGGCCUGGCAAAGGUGAAAGCUCCAGCCAGCAUUGAUGCUGCGCCUGGCCAGCUAGCAGGAGGCUCUUUUUCUUUUUCUUUUUUAAAUAGCAUCCAGAUGCCUGAAGGAAGCUAUAUUGUAAAUUGUGUUCUAUUUCUGGGCCCCAAUAUCUAAAUGAAGCAAUGCACCUGUUGGGUAUGAAGGAAGAGAAUUUCACAGGCCUAAAAUAAAGUCAAAUGUUUGCCCUUCUGUACUGGCCCAUGGAAAAUGCUCUUAUAUUUAUAUCUGGGCUGGUGCAGGGCAGGGUAGCGGAGCAUCAGUUGGCAGAGGGGUGAGGAAAGGCCCGGGCACCUGCCAAGAAACUGACAUGGGAUGAAUGGGGGGGAUGUCCCACUCAAAGCCACUCGGCAACAGCCAGGUUGCGCUGAGGCCACUCACCCCCAUGGGCCACACUGCCUGCUGCCCACUGGGGUUCAUAGCCUCCCACCCUGACCCGCCUUUCUUCGUUAUUUGGCCUGAUCAUGAGAAUUAAUCCGGAUGCCCAUUCAACAUUUGGGUUUCUGGGGCCCUCUCUCCACCCCUCCAGAAUGAGAAUCAGAAAGGGGUCUAAGGCUGGUUCACAGUCAUCCCCAGGGGAUGUUGGCGUGACCAGCUCUCUUCUUGAGGGACUGCUAUUUGGCCACUCUCCUACUCAAAUCUUUACUCAUCACGUUCCCACUCUUCUCCCUAAAGAGAGCCUUUUGGUUACACUCCUCCAGGCAUGUUGCUGGGACCUCUCUCCAGGGUGGGAGUCUGGGACCCAGGGA